AUGACGACUUUAUCACAGAAACUUCCGAAUGAGAUUCUGAUUCUGAUCUUGGAGAAAUGUGCUAAUGAUUUUGGUCUAAUUGACGUUUGGCGUUGGCGACGUGUUUCAAGAUACGUGAAAUCUAUUUGCGAAAAUUUAGUUUUGAAAAUUAUUCGACAUGAUUUCAAGUGGUGGAUUAUCAUUACGCCAACCUUGAACCCCAUUGAAUCCCUAGACGAAUUGAAAGUCGUUGAUCUCCCCAAAUACGAUAUUUCACUCUCAUCCUUCAUCACCAAUAAUGAUAUUAUACAUACCAAAUUUAUCUUUCAGCCUUCAAACGGUGAAUUCAAAAUUAGCCCAACAGAGACGACGUUCACGUUGGAUCUUUGUAAUCGUCGAUUUAACGGCUGUACGUAUCGAUACGGUAUUGUAAUUUAUGACAACAACGUGGACGAUGGGGAUGUUAAUACAAAAUACCUUAUUUUAGAGAAUGAUGGGACUAGAUGUAUUUUAGAGAAGAUGGAAAUUGAGGCGCGUUGGAAUGUUUUUGUUAGACUUGAUCACAAGUGCUUAAAAUCAGAUAAUUUUCAUUAG